AUGGAUCCUGAAAUACAGAAAAUGAGGGAAGUUGUCCUUGUCUACCUUGACAGGAGUGGUGGCCUUCAGAAAUUUGUGCAUGAUUGCAAAAAAUAUAAUGACUCAAAACAAAGUUAUGCUGUUUAUCGUUUCAUUAUUUCAAUCAAUCCUUCUGACAUUGCUGAAUUGGAUGCAACUCUUGGAAACUAUAUUCUUCAUAAUCCCCUACAAGCUGCACAGAUUUUUCAGUCAGUAUGCUUUGUAGCUAUUAAGACACUAUCAUUAAUUGAACAAUUGCAGACAGAAGCCCAGAUCAGUAUAUUGCUGAAACCAACACAUUUGCCACCUUUCCCGAGUUAUGUUCUGAGUCUUUCUGCAUAUCCCUUUAAUUACACAUCUCAAAGAUUUUAUAUGUCUGAAGGGAUAGUGAUUGCAAUGGGAACUGUAACAAAAUACACACAAGGAGCAAGAUUUCUUUGUACUGAGGAAACCUGUCCAUUCUCUGAAGGGUUUAGGUGCAUCAGAGUGCAUUGCCCUGGAGCUACAGAGUCUGCUACAGUGAGGACUGAUUUUGUGUGUAGCUUGUGUUCCUCACCACUGCAGGAAGACAUGAAAUUUAGAGUACUUGGUGAUAAACAAAUAGUUGAAAUGAUUGAUGCUAAAAUUCUGAAUGCUUUGAAAGGAUAUUCCAUUGAUAAAUCACAUUUUAGGAUUCAGGCAUUUACAUUGUUCUUGAGAGAUGAACUAGCCAAUAAAAUGACAAUAGGAAACCACUACAGGAUUAUAGGAAUUCCAGCUUGUGUACAAAAUGGCCUACAAAUGACUGCAUGUAUAGAAGUCAAUAGUGUGCAGCUCUAUAAACCAAAUGGUCCUUCUUUUGUCAGUGAGAAUUUUAAGUAUCUGCUCUCACUGACUUCAAGUUCAUGCUGGAGGUUUACUGCUGUCCUGGCCAACAUCUUUGCUUCUCAAGUUGUUCCACCAGGCACUUACAAUACUCUUAAACUUGCAAUAUUGCUGAGUCUAGUACAGACAUGUGAAAAAGAAAAUUCAGAUUAUCUGGAUCUCUUGAUUAUGACAAGUGACCCACUAGUAAUUGACAGGCUUCUGAAUUACAGCUUAUGUCUUCUGCCCCGUGGCAUACGACACCCACCUUCCGGUGACAUUUUCCCUUCUGUGUCCAAAGAUAAACACGGAACUGGAAGUGCCAGCAUUCAAGCCUGCAGUGCUGUGCUGGCCAAGGGUGGCAUCUGUUACAUAGGAGACUUGAGUUCAUAUAAAAAGGAUAAACUUGAACUUCUACAGUCUGUGCUAGAGAGCAGAACAACAACAGUGUUUAUUCCUGGGAAGAAGUAUGGAGAAGAGGCUGACCAACAAGUCACUGUUUCAGUUCAGACCAACUUCUGGUCCUUUGUAGAUGUGGACUCUUCCUCAAAGAAACAUAUACAAAAGGAGAACUUUCUAAUAGGACAGAUGGAUGUGAGUUUGAUUCCAGUUAACCUUGUAGAUGGGUUUGGGCUCUUGAUCUACAAUGAGUUUCCUUCCUGUCGCCUGUCUUCUCCUGUUGUCCAUCAUAUCUUGAAAAAAGCCAUUCAUCCUGAAGCCAUGCUGUACAAAGUUUCACAGCAGUUCAGGACCCAGGACUAUGAGGAGUUUAUUUUGUUUGCUAGGAAUCUUCAUGUUGAACUGAGUUCAGAAGCAGAAAGUCUCAUUCAGGGCUAUUAUCUUGCAAGUCGUAGGGUGAGAAGAGAUUCCAUUCAUGGAUCAACAUUAUCAGCCUCUGCUCUAAAAAUUCUGAUUGCGCUGGCUAAGGCUCAUGCCAAGCUCAGUUUAAGGCAGAGAGUACUUGAGGAAGAUGCAGUGAUUGCGGUCUUGUUGCUCGAGUCAUCGCUGACCCUGAAACACGGCACAUCUCCACUGUGUGUGGCACCAAAUCCUGUAUUUCCAUUUGACCUCAGUGAUGAAAACUCCCUGCAACAGAGAGAUAUUUACCUCAUGCAGUGCCACCAUCAACUGCUGAAGUUUAUUUCUGCCUAUAGCCCAGGAAUUCACAUUAACACUAAUGAAGAGUAAAAACUCCCCUUUAAGUAAAGCCUGAGGCUUUGGUUUUUUGAGAGGCUGCAGUUAGAAAUCCAAAAUUACUAAAAACUUAGAAGAUAGUUCAGUGAUGUUUUACCAAGGAAUAAAGCAUAGCUGACAGGACUUGAAUUACAAAUUUUUUGAGUUAUUUGAAGGCAGGAGGGAUGUCUUCAUCCUGGAAAGCCAUGGCUUCAGAAUACAGCCCCAACCAGGGCUCUGUAUUCUCUUCCAAGCUACCACUCUCCAUUCACAGCUAAGCAAGGAAUAAUUUAGGAUUCAGGAUUUUUAAUAAGAUUACAACUAUAAAUUAAAUCACCAGUUCAGAAUUGAAUGUUUCAUUUCAGCAGUUUUUCUUGUUGCUUCCUUUCAAAUGUAUCACUCACCAAAAGGGUUAAGGAGUUUUUAAAACAUGAAAAAUCUUCUUUUCAUAGUUUAAGUCAUGUUGCACUUACUCA